AUGGACGUUACAAAAAAUAAACGAAAGAGAACUUCGAAUUUUACAGCCGAUGAAAAAGACACAUUAUUUAAUAUAGUCUACAAUUAUAAGCAUGUGGUGGAAAAUAAAAAAACAGAUGCCGUGACAUGGCGUGAAAAGGAAAAUGCCUGGGAAAAAAUUGCAUCCGAUUAUAACUCAAUGGCCAGUAUACCUAGACCAAUGGAAUCGCUUAGGAAAUGUUACAUGAAUAAAAAAAAACAAAUACGACAAGAUGUUUCUAAUGAACGGAUCCAGCUGCUGCAGACCGGUGGGGGGCCCCCUGAAAUGCCAAGAGAUGAUCCGCAUAAAGAAUUACUGCUAAAAAUAAUGAAUAAAAAAACAAUUGCAGGAUUAGAUAACCCAUUUGACAUGGACAAUAUUGUACAGUCUUCGUGCGAUCAAAAUGAAAACACACAAUCCCCUGGCAAUCCGGCUAGUGAAACAAGUAGUUAUGUUGGAGAAGUUGAAAUGUUGUCUCCCUGUGAUAUUGAUAAUAUCGAAGUAAUUACAGAAGACGAUCCAAUUGCUGUUAAUUUGGAGGAAAACCAGGUCAGUAUUGUGUGUAAUGUGUGUCAAUGCAAGUCUUGUUAA